AUGAAGCGGCGCAAUGCGGACUGCAGCAAACUCCGACGGCCGUUAAAACGGAACCGAAUCACCGAGGGUAUCUAUAACAGUACAUUCCUGUAUCUGAAGUUCCUGGUGGUGUGGGUGUUGGUGCUCCUGGCAGACUUUGUGCUGGAGUUCAGGUUUGAGUACCUGUGGCCUUUCUGGCUUUUCAUCCGCAGUGUAUACGACUCCUUCAGAUACCAGGGGCUGGCGUUUUCUGUGUUCUUUGUAUGUGUGGCGUUUACGUCAGACAUCAUCUGCCUCCUCUUCAUCCCCAUACAAUGGCUGUUUUUCGCCGCCAGCACUUACGUGUGGGUCCAGUAUGUCUGGCACACAGAAAGAGGAGUCUGUCUACCCACUGUAUCACUAUGGAUACUGUUUGUGUACAUUGAAGCUGCCAUCCGCUUCAAAGAUCUGAAAAACUUUCAUGUGGACCUGUGUCGGCCCUUUGCUGCUCACUGUAUUGGCUACCCAGUGGUGACGCUGGGCUUUGGCUUCAAGAGCUACGUCAGCUAUAAGAUGCGCCUGCGGAAACAGAAGGAGGUGCAGAAGGAGAACGAGUUCUACAUGCAGCUUCUACAGCAGGCUCUGCCGCCGGAGCAACAGAUGCUUCAGAGACAGGAGAGGGAAGCAGAGGAGGCAUUAGCCAAAGGGGUCUCUGAGAUGGAGUCCGCAUCGUUAUCCCAAAACGGAGCACCUCCUGGGAAGAAAAACACUCCUGUCCCACUACCGGAACUGGAGUACCGGGAGAAAGGGAGGGACAGUAAUGGGAAAGAGCGCGAGGGCAAAAAACAGCACACAGUAGGAAUGAACAACAACAGUAUUAUACACACACUGGACUCCAAACUGCAGGAGACGGAGUACAUUGAGAAUCACGUCGGGGGGAAGAGACUGAAUAACGACCUAGCCGGAGAACACACGCACACCGACAACACACACUCCUCCAAAGAGGAGACGGGGGGAACGGGGAAGAACUACAAAAACGCAAGCGGAGGGGGCGGGUCCAGCUCUUCCCCUCGGAACCACAGCUCCACCAAUGGGAGUGUGCUGUCAGGCUCCUCCUCCAAUAAGAAUGAGAAGAAGCAGAAGGGUGCCGGGAAGGGUCCGAAGGAUCCGGUGGAGAACUGCAUCCCUAACAACCAGCUGGGCAAGCCGGACACACUCGUACGGCUGGAGCAGGAUGUAAAGCGUCUGAAGGCAGACCUUCAGGCCAGCAGGCAGCUGGAGUCGGAGCUGCGGAGCCACCUGUCCUCCCUGACCAGCCAGGACCGAAGCCUGCGCUCCGAGCUCGGGCAGCUACGUCAGGAUAACGAGCUGCUCCAGAACAAGCUCCACAGUGCGGUCCAGGCCAAGCAGAAGGAUAAGCAGACCAUUUCCCAGCUGGAGAAGAGGCUGAAGGCCGAGCAGGAAGCUCGGGCCCUGGCCGAGAAACAGCUGGCUGACGAGAGGAAAAGGAAGAAGAUGGAAGAGGCCACUGCAGCCAGGGCUGUUGCUUUAGCCGCCGCCACCAGAGGGGAGUGCACCGACUCCCUGCGUGGCCGUAUCAGAGAGCUGGAGACGGAGUGUAAGAAGCUCAACAUGGACAUGAAGCUUAAGGAGGAGCAGAUUAGGGAUCUGGAGGGCAAAUGUCAGGAGCUGUGCAAGUAUAAAGAGAACGAGAAAGACACCGAGGUGCUGAUGUCAGCGCUGUCAGCCAUGCAGGAGAAGACGCAACACCUGGAAAACAGCCUAAGCGCCGAGACCAGGAUCAAACUGGACCUCUUCUCCGCCCUCGGAGAUGCCAAGAGGCAGCUGGAGAUAGCGCAAGGUCAGAUCCACCAGAGGGAACAGGAGAUCGCCGACCUGAAGCAGAAGAUAGCAGAGGUGAUGGCCGUGAUGCCCAGUCUGUCUUACUCCACGGAUGGCAGCAACCUGAGCCCCGUCACCCCUCACUACUCCUCCAAAUUCAUGGACAACAGUCCCUCCUCCCUGGACCCCAAUGCCUCAGUCUACCAGCCCCUCAAAAAGUGAC